CAGAAACAGCUGUUGAACUACGUGUGGGACGCAAUCGAUAGUUAUGUUAUCAAUUCAUGAUAUCAGGAGGAAAGGAAAAGGAAAAUAUUCUGAAACUUGCGCCUUUUGGGGACAGUUAAUAUUUAUAAAUAAUAAUUAGUACAUAGCAUAAUAUAAUUAUUUUUUGUUGCUGUCUAUCAAAAAUCACCUACCAUGGCCUAUGACCUGAAGAAGGAGUCAGACGUGAAGGAGUACGUAGACAAGUUGGGUGUGGAGUACCGAUUCGGAUGUUAUUCAGAGAAGAAGCCAGAAGCUUGCCACCUAUUAGGCGACUACCUCGAAGGCAUCAAGAAGGACUUUGAGAAGGCCUCUAAGGUGUACAAGUCCACGUGCGACGACUACGGUUACGCAAAGUCCUGCUACAAGUUCGGCAACUAUAGCUUUUUGGGCAAGGGCAAGAGCGGAAGCAAAGGGGAUCCCCGCGUGGCCUACGAGUACUAUGAGAAGGGCUGCAACCUGAACGACUCGGACGCCUGCCUGCACUCAGGUCUACUGUUGGUCUCGAGAUCCAUGCCCAAAGAGAUCGAGAGAAAUGUACCCAAGGGCUUGGAGUUCCUGACCAAGAGUUGUGACAUGAAUAACGCCACGGCCUGCUUUUACCUCUCCGGCAUGCACAUCUCUGGCGUGCAAAAAAAGCCGAUGCAGAGCACGACGACUGCAUCCGCAGGAAGUGCACCUACAGCGCCCCCCUCCAGCAACACACCAUUAAAGGACUCCGACUACAUUGUGCAGAAAGAUAUGAAGAAGGCGUUCCAGUUCGCCCACAAGGCGUGCGAACUUCGCAACAUGUAUGCAUGCGCCAAUCUCAGCCAGAUGUACGCCAGAGGCGAUGGGAUCGAAAAAAAUGAGAAGGAGGCGGAAAAGUAUAAGAAGCUGGCACUUGAGAUGCAGGAUGAAGUUAAGAAGCAGCAAGAGACUUUGGGUUUCCAGCAGGGCUUGGGCAUGCCAAAUUGAUAUAUGUACUUUACAAUAUUUAAUUACUGCUAUUAUCUGCUGCUCUUUUUUAGCCCGAGCUUAGACCAAUGUUUUUUGUCUUCACAUAUUUCUUUAUCAGGUUUCCUCAUAUCCUUUUGCCCUUUUCAGUCGGUAUAACAUUAGUGGUUAAACUAUAUAUCUUGUGUUUGUGAUUUCUGUAUAAAUAGCUGGCAUUUACAUGCGGCGGAGCAAGAGGAGGCGAGACGAAGACAAAUUUCUAGUUUUAAAUGUUAAAGUUAUCAAGUUACAAUCGAAGAAACCUUGAAUAAUUUUGUUGAGACCUUAUUGCAAAAUACAGUCCGACCCCAGGACGCAGACGCAAACCACCAA